UUGGAUGGCUGUAACUUUGUUUCAGACAUGGCCGACAUAGCUGGAGAAGGAGCUCAAGAUGGGUCAUAUUUUCACAAAGAAAGAAUGAAAUGCAGCCCUGAGGAGGAGGCCAAUCUGGAAAGGCAGCAUUUUUGGAGAAUAAUCGAUGCGUUUCGAUUUUACAGGGUUCAUGUCCAGGAGCAGGUCAAACGUGCGGAGCGUCAGUUUUGGAGCCUCCCCCAGCGUCACCAGAGUUUGUUGCCAAGUGUUUUGCCCAAAAUGGCCCAGAUCAGCCAGUGUGCGGACCACAACCAGGAGGUGCUGCAGGCCAUUGUUCACAACAGCCUCCACAUGUUUGAGAAUAUUGAGUAUGGUGAGAGGGAGGAUCCGAGGAAGGUGCGCCCAUCCUCUACAUUUGAUAUGGACAAGCUUAAGUCCACCAUAAAGCAGUUUGUGAGGGACUGGAGUGAGGCGGGCCAGGUGGAGAGGGACUCCUGCUACCAGCCUAUCAUCCAAGAGAUCCAAAGACUCUUCCCAAGUGACCAAUAUGAUGUGUCUAAGGUGAGCGUGCUGGUCCCGGGCGCUGGGCUUGGCCGUCUAGCCUGGGAGAUAGCGCGACUGGGUUAUAUAUGCCAGGGCAAUGAAUGGAGUCUCUUCAUGCUCUUCUCCUCAAAUUUUGUUCUCAAUAGGUGUGAAAAGGUGAAUGCUCUGACCCUGUACCCUUGGAUCCACCAGUUCAGCAACAACAAGAAAUCCUCUGACCAAACACGACCAGUCAGAUUUCCGGAUGUCAACCCUCAGAGCUUACCACUAAAUUCAGACUUCUCUAUGGUAGCAGGAGACUUUGUGGAAGUCUACACUGACUCAAAUUCCUGGGACUGUGUGGCAACCUGCUUCUUUAUUGACACAGCUCAUAAUGUCAUUGAGUAUUUGGAGACCAUAUGGAAGAUUCUGAAACCCGGUGGGGUGUGGAUCAACCUGGGCCCACUGCUGUAUCACUUUGAGAACAUUGCCAAUGAGCUCUCUGUUGAACUCAGCUAUGAAGAUAUUAGGACAGCGAUGGUUAAACUGGGCUUCCAUAUUGAGGUGGAGAAAGAGUCGAUGCAGACCACCUACACUGAGAAUGACCGUUCUAUGUUGAGGUAUGUUUAUGACUGUGUCUUCUUUGUUGCACGAAAACCUGCAUACCUGUACUUUAACAAUCAAGAAGACAGCCAACAACAGAGUUCUCCACGGGCUGCCAAGUCACCGCGGCGGGAGGGCACCGACACUCUGACGUGACAGGAAAUCCUUUUACAAAAUUGGUGAACUUAGACAAGCGUGAGAAAGUUGGACUGACAAAAUGAAAAAGAAAAACAACUGACACAGAAGAAAAAAAGAGUCGGUGGACAUCAUUUUGUUUUUAUUUUGUUUCUAUUUUUUGUCAUAUACAUUUUUUUUAUGGUCCAUCUGGAGAAAUGUGCACAACUCCACAGGCCCCGUGUUUGUCAGACAGGCUAUGGCACAGACUGUACAAUGUGAGAUUGAAUACUGCAGUACUGUGUUAUCUGUAGAACCUGAAAAACAUCUAAAUACCAUGCUACAUACAUACUACAUCCUUGGUUAGAGAUGAGUUCAUUACUCUUGGGUGCAAUUCAGUGUUACUGUUUUAUGUGUCAGCUGCAAAACUUGAAGAGUACAUUUCUUUUUACUACUCGGUCACUGCGCUGUUACUCAUUCUUAUCUUCAGUGACUUUUACUGCGUGUGUCAUCCGAGAAUGUGAUGUGAAUAUUUCCUUUUGAAAUCUAUUAUUUCAAAUAUGGUGCCAAUAACUACAGAUACUCAUUUGCACUGAUCAUCAGUUGCCUUUUCAGGAAAAAGUUCUUUUAAGUUGGGGAUGAUGUUCAUUGACCAUUCUCGUUUCUAGUCACACUUUGGAAUAAAGCCAAACAUUUAAAAAAUAGGACUCUCCAAAGUUUUACUAUAUCAUGUUUGAAAUCAUUUCAACAUCUGCAUAACACAAGUUCAGUUCUAUAGGCCCAUUUAGAAAAGUGUUCAUUUGUUUCAGCAAGCACUGAAAAAGCAAAAUGUUUUGUAUGUGCUUCGUUAGGAGGCAGAUACAGUGUGACACUAAACUGUAAUGGAUAUACAGUAUUUCACCGCAGGCAUUUAGCAGGAAAAGCACAGGUGGUACUGACAAAGUUAACAUUGGCUCAGUACCACUGUUUCACACAAUUAAAGUAAACACAGUUAAAUUUUUUUUUUAUUAGACCUGUUUUCAUGUUGUCAUGUGAUGCGUCCUGCUAGUACUUGUUUUAAAAUGCUAAAAGGAAUACAUAUAUAUAAUAUUUUUACUGAAGACAUUUUAACUUAAGCGAGGGGUCACAUUAUGUUUGUCAGCUGCAGAAUGCAGCAAAAUAGGAAAUGCAUGCUUGAAUUUCAUUUUUAAUUUGUGCUUCAAGUCAGUAUUAAUAAGCCAGCAUGCACGACACUAAAACUGAAUCCGCUAUUAUUAAUUUUAUUAUUUACAACUGUGCUUUCUAACUGUGAUAUGUCAGUGGCUUUCCUGAUAAAAGCUUACUCCAUAAGUACCCACAGUUGAAGUCAGAAGUUUACAUGCACUUAGGUUGAAGUCAUUAAAACAGAUUUGGAAAUGUGAUGAAAGAAAUAAAAGCUGAAAGAAAUCUUUUUCUCUAUUUUUCUGACAUUUCACAUUCUUAAAAUAAACUAAUGAUCCAGCUGGCCUAAGCCAGGAAAUGUUUAUAGGAUUAAAUGUCAGGAACUGUGAAAAACGGAGUUUAAAUGUAUUUGGCUAAGGCGUAUGCAAACAUCUGACUGCACCUGUAACUCAAAGUGAAAAGAAGUUUUGACCGACUCAGAAGAUCUAAUGUGAACGGAGAGAUUAUUCCAAAAACAAGCCUCUAACUUGUUUUUUUUAACUCUGUGACCAAAAGGAUCCCUACUAUGAGGACCAGGAUGGUUCAUGAAGCUGAGAGGUCAUGUAUGAGGGCACAUCCAUUUAGGAUAUUUAUAGGUUAGACAGUGAGGCCAUGUCUGUGGUGUUUUUUUCUUGGAACUCUGAGGGAUGCAGCAGUAUGGGGUGAGUGGUUAGAUCCUGCAAUAAAAAAACAAAAUAAUAUGAUGAUGAUCACUUUUGUUGGACAGGUAUGUUACACACACAGGGAAUUUGUCUCCGGUAUAGAAUCGAGGCAGCCAUCUGCAGCGCCAACACACACACACAUGCACACUGAUGGUAGCUGUCCCUGCAAGGCACUGGCCAACGGGAGCAACCUGAGGUUCAGUGUCUUACCCAAGGACACUUUGACAUGUGCACUGGGGAGAAGGGGAACUGAAUCACAGGCCUUCUGGUUGGGGGACAGCUGCUCUACUUCCUGAGGCAAAAUCAAGUAGUAACUAAGCACAUUUAUUCCAGAGCUGUACUUAAGUAUAAUUUGGAGGUAUCGGUAAGUAUUUCUAAUUUUUGCUACAUCAUACUUUGAUGCCACUACAUUUUAAAUGCAGUU